CCUGGUGGUGGUUGGCGGGCCGCGGGCGCUGCUCCUCCACCCCGCCUUUGACUGCCCCACCCCGCUCGUCGGCCCCCCACCGAUUCCUUCGCUUCGCUGCUGCCUGUGCCAUUGACCCGCCCACCGGCCGCCGCCGCCGCCGCUCCCCCCUUACCUGGUUGGCUGGUUGCUUGGUUGAGGAGAUAGCGGCACCCACCCACUCCCCCGGCCCCCCGCUCCAUAGCAUAUUCCUAUCUGGUGGUGGUGAGUGGUGGCCUCCGCGCGCGGGCAGAUCCCGCUUCGCUGGCGUCUGCCACCGCGGGGUCCCACCGUAGCGGCGGCGGAGGAGGAGGGGCGAGAGGCGGCGACCAGCAGCAGCAGGUAGCGAGCUGUGUCGGCAGGCCUGGCGGCCUCCGGGAUGAGGGGGGAGGCCAACGGCGGGGAGGGCCGCCGCCCGCGGGGCGAGGACCCGGACCACGAGGACGAGGAGGGGGCGCCGCCUCAGAGGCAGCAGCAGCAGCAGCCGCAGAGGCCCGCCGCGCGGCCGCCCUCCGGCCCGCAGCAACCGCCGCCGCCGGCGAUGACGAGGAACGUCGGGUACGUCGGCAAGCACCGCCUCUCCGCCGCCAUCGCCCGCCUCGACCAGGAGCUCCAGUCCCUCCAGGACGAAUUGAAUGAGCUUGAAACCAUGGAACCUGCAUCCACUGCGUGCCAGGAUGUGAUCACAAGUACAGAAGGGAAACCUGACCCGCUUCUUCCUAUCACCAGUGGUCCGGAGAACUCUUCUUGGGACAGAUGGUUUCAGCGGGUUCGCAGCUCCCGCAGCAACAAAUGGUGGGCAUCAAGAGGCUCUGAGUUCUUCUAGCUCCUGCAAAGCUGAAAGCAUCCACAUCAGUUGUGUGCAGAUUAAUCAUCACUGAGUGUGUUGACAAACAGAAUUACGCGGCCUUCCAUUGCAGACUGGCUCUCAGAGCACCUGAUAGUUUUUGGAGAAAAUUAUUAUCAGAGCACCUGAUAGUAUGUAGUAAUCCCUAACGAGACUGAACAUCGAUGUGUCCACAACCUGAUUCUUGUUCGCCAGAGAGCGAAGAUCAUUUUCCCAUGGUUCUGACUCGCUCUGUCAGAUUCUGAUGGUCAUGUAAUGUUGCUGUUCUUUUUUCCUUUUUGCAAACAUGAAGAUCCACAAUGUCAUAGGAAGUUAUCAGAAAGAGCACCAGAUUUCACA